AUGGCGAACCAGCAGCAAGAGCAAGCGAGCACCAAGAAGACGCCGUCCGACUUCCUCAAGGGCGUGCUGGGCCGCCCCGUGGACGUCAAGCUCAACAACGGCGUGGAGUACAAGGGCGUGCUGGCCUGCCUCGACGGCUUCAUGAACAUCGCCAUGGAGCAGACGCAGGAGUACUCGAACGGGCAGCUCAAGGCGCAGUACGGCGACUGCUUCAUCCGCGGCAACAACGUGCUCUACAUCUCGGCCUCCAAGUAA